AUGGGUAACCAGCCAUCCUCCGAACGAAUCCCGACACCAAAGAAUACACACUUUGCGCACAACGAGAAGCUGCCUCCUGGUGAGGAGUCUUCGAGCGCGCUCGCGGAACCCGAGUUUGUUAUGGCUACCCCAAUUGCUGGGGAUGGCAAGCUCACCUUGGGCCAUGUAGCGUCUUGGGAAGCUGAGGCGUCGGCCAACUCCAAGGUGCAGCUUGCGAGGACAAUCCUUUCCCAGAGCGAUAUCAGGACGGUCCUUUCGUCGCGCUCUGCAAGGAUAUCCGACCAACACAUCUUCAACAACGUGGUUGACUUCAAGACCGGUCCUAUAACCAACCAAAAGAGUAGCGGCAGAUGCUGGCUGUUUGCCACUACCAAUGUUAUCAGGUAUAACAUUAUGAAGAAGCUCAAAUUGAAGGAGUUCCAACUCUCGCAGUCCUACCUCUUCUUCUGGGACAAACUGAAUAAAGCCAAUUAUUAUCUGGAAUUGAUGAUUCAACACUCGGACUUGCCUUUGGACGACCGCCUGGUUCAGCACCUCUCGAGCGACCUCAUCUCAGAUGGUGGGCAAUGGGACAUGUCCGUCAACCUGAUGGAACUAUACGGUCUCGUACCACAAUCGCUAUACCCCGAGACUACCCAUUCUUCUCUCUCCGGCCCGCUCAACAACCUUCUGAAGACUAAACUCCGGGAGCAUGCGCUCAUUCUGCGCAGACAAGCAGAGGCCCUCCGCAAUGCGUUCGUGAAGGAGGACACGGUCAUUGCCACGCUUCGCGCUCAGAAGGAGGAGUUGAUGAAGGAGAUGUAUAACAUGAUGACUGCUACUUUGGGCGUUCCCCCUAGUCCCAACAAGAGGUUUGUCUGGGAGUAUAUCGACGCUGAUGACAAGACUGGCAGAUGGGAGGGCACGCCCAAGGAGUAUUACGAGCAGUUUGGUACCAAGCCCUUCCCUCCUUCCGAGUCGUUCUCCUUGAUCAACGAUCCCCGUAACGAGUAUGGCAAGUUGUAUACUGUUGACAAGCUCGGCAAUGUAUGGGGUGGGCGUCCCAUUCUCUACGUUAACACCGAGAUCGAGAACAUGAAGGCUAUGAUCAUCAAGCUCAUCAAAGCCGGUCAGCCCGUCUUCUUUGGCUGCGAUGUCGGCAAGUUCUCCGAUAGCGGUUCUGGGAUCAUGGACACUGCCCUGUUCGAAUACGAGAACGCUUUCGACAUCAAGUUGGGCUUGACCAAAGACGAGCGAUUACAGAUGGCUGACUCGUCAAUGACGUACGCCAUGGUCAUCUCUGGUGUCCACCUCGACCCGAACGGCAAGCCUGUUCGUUACAAGGUUGAGAAUUCUUGGGGAGAGUCUGCCGGAAAUCAUGGCUAUUUCAUCAUGACCGAUGAGUGGUUUGAUCAGUUUGUCUAUCAGGUGGUUGUUCCCAAAGCGCUGGCGCCGAGGGAACUGGUUCAGAUCUUCGAGGGAGGUGAUCCUAUUGUUUUGCCACCAUGGGACCCAAUGGGAUCACUGGCUUGA